GAUGCAGGAGGCAGUCAUCACAAAGUUUCCGUUUCUCCUGUGGUCCAUGUCCGUGGUCUUUGUGAGUCAGUUGUGGAGGCAGACCUUGUGGAAGCUCUUGAAAAAUUUGGUACCAUAUGUUAUGUGAUGAUGAUGCCAUUUAAACGCCAAGCUUUGGUAGAAUUUGAGGAUAUUGAAAGUGCCAAAAAGUGUGUUACUUUUGCAGCAGAUGAGCCAGUAUAUAUAGCAGGACAGCAAGCAUUUUUCAAUUACUCUACAAGCAAAAGAAUAACUCGUCCAGGAAACACUGAUGACCCAUCUGGUGGGAACAAAGUUCUGCUGUUAUCAAUUCAGAAUCCUUUAUAUCCAAUUACUGUGAAUGUCUUGUAUACAGUAUGCAAUCCUGUUGGGAAAGUACAACGUAUUGUCAUAUUUAAGCGAAAUGGAAUACAAGCCAUG